AGGCGCGCAUGAGAAUAAAUUUCAUCAAAUUUAACAAAAUUUAUGAAACAAAUUACGACAAUCAAUGAAAACUACAUUGAAAUCUCAAAAUGCAAACAAAUAAAGUAUUUUUACGAAAAACCAAGCGCGGUAACAUUCUAAAGAUUGUCAGAGAACAUUAUCUUCGUACAGAUAUUUGGUGUGGAAGUUCAAUAUGCAUCGUGUGUCCUCAUGAGAAACAUGACUUAGUUCUAUCAGAAAAUUCAAUUUCAAAAAGUUCUUUACUCACUGAACCACAUUAUCUUGUUUUGGACACAAACGUCAUUCUGGAUCAAAUUGACGUGUUGGAAGAAGAUGUUAUCACGAAUGUCAUUGUCCUUCAAACUGUUCUAGAUGAAGUCAAACAUAAGAGUGCAGCAAUUUAUAAACGAUUACGAGACAUUAUUAUGAAUCCAACGCGAAAAUUUUAUGUUUUUGUAAACGAACAUCAUCGUGACACUUACAUCGAGCGACUUCCAAAAGAAUCAUCAAAUGAUCGAAAUGAUCGCGCAAUUCGAAAUUCUGUCACUUGGUAUGAAAAUCAUCUUAGAAAAAGUCAGAAAGGUCGUUUAAGAAUCAUUCUGCUAUCGGAUGAUGCUGAAAAUCGAAAGAAGGCUGAAACUGAAGGAAUUAUAGCUAUUUCUGUUCGAGAUUAUGUGAAAUCUUUAAUUGACACUCCUCAUUUACAAGAUAAAUUGAGUCUUAAAGAGUAUGGAAGUGAACAAAACAACAAUCCACUUUAUCCACCACAUCUUACACUUGUCAGCAUUCACGAAGGAAUUAAGAAUGGAAAACUUUACCAAGGAUCAUUUGCAGCAUCAAGAGAGAACUUUCUAGAAGGAAGUGUCAAUGUUGAGUGCUUUGAGAAAUGGAUUCUUAUUCAAGGACGAGAAGCAUUAAACCGAGCAGUUGAUGGCGAUGUUGUUGCUGUUGAAUUACUUCCGGAAGAAGAAUGGAAAGCACCAAGUGAAAUAAUCUUGGAAGAUAAAUCUGAAGAUCCAACAAGCGACACACUUGAAGAUGAAAUUGAAACUGAAAAAUUGUUGACAACUGAUGACUCGAAGAAAGAGAAACAACCGACUGGAAGAAUUGUUGGAAUUAUUAAAAGGAAAUGGCGUCAAUAUUGUGGAAUCAUUCGGCCAAACAUCCUCAAAGGAUCAGCUCGUCAUAUUUUCAUUCCAGCUGAGAGAAAAAUUCCUCGAGUUCGAAUUGAAACACGACAAGCUGAACAUUUAUACAAUCAACGAAUUAUUGUUGCAAUCGAUCAAUGGCCGAGACAUUCACGUUACCCACAAGGACACUUUGUAAGAUCGCUUGGACCGCUUGGCGAUAGAGAAACUGAAAAUGAAGUUCUACUUAUUGAACAUGAUGUUCCACAUUGUAAAUUUUCUGAAGAAGUUCUCAGUUGUUUACCAAAACUUCCAUGGAUCAUCACAGAACAGGACUACAAAGAUCGAGAAGAUUUAAGAGCGCUUGCGAUCUGUUCAGUUGAUCCACCGGGUUGUACAGAUAUUGAUGAUGCUUUGCACAGUCGUUUGUUGCCAAAUGGAAAUACUGAAGUUGGAGUUCAUAUCGCUGACGUCACACAUUUCAUUCGACCUGGCAAUGCUUUAGAUAAGGAAGCAGCAUCACGAGCAACAACAGUUUACCUUGUUGACAAACGAAUUGACAUGGUGCCAGAACUGCUCAGUUCAAAUCUCUGUUCGCUGCGUGGAAAUGUUGAACGUUUUGCAUUCUCUUGCGUUUGGGAAAUCGACGAGAAGGCAAAUAUUGUCAAGACAAAGUUUCACAAGAGUGUCAUUGAAUCGAAAGCUGCAUUAACAUAUGAAGAAGCUCAAAUUAUUAUCGACGAUAAGAACAGAAACGAUGAAGUGGCGCAAUCAUUGCGAAGGUUGAAUAAACUCGCGAAGAUCUUGAAGAAGAGACGAAAAGAAAACGGGAUUGUUAAGAGUGACAAUGCAUAUUUCAAUACAAUGUUGAGGAUAUUAGCAACACGCUGCAUGUUGCAAGCUGUUUAUUUCAUUAGUGGAACUUUAACCAAACCUGAAUUCUUUCAUUACGGUCUUGCAGCUCCGAUUUACACACAUUUUACGUCACCAAUUCGAAGAUAUGCUGACAUCAUCGUUCAUCGCUUGUUAGCUGCUUGCAUUGGCGCCGAUUCUCCCUAUGCAGAACUUUUGGAUAAAACAAAGAAUUCACUUUUGUGUAACAAUUUAAACUAUCGAAAUCGCAUGGCACAAUAUGCCGGAAGAGCUUCCGUUGCUCUCAACACACAUUUGUUCUUUCGCAAUCGUACGGAAGAAGUUGACGGUUACGUGUUGUUUGUACGAAAAAAUGCUUUACAGAUUCUCGUGCCGAAAUAUGGACUUGAGGGAACAAUUUAUCUAUCGGGAAAAGGUCAAGAAAGUGAUGUGAAAUUCAUUUAUAACGAAGAAAAUCAAUCACAAAAAUGCGGCGAAAUUGUUUUUCAUUCUUUCGAUCCCGUCGUCGUUCGUUUAUUCCUCGAUUCGACCAAUGUUCAACAUGAGAAGCUCGUAUUUCAACUUGUUAAACCGUUCAUUAAGGGUUUUAGUGUUGAUUCUUCAUCUGACAAAAUGGAUAUUGACGACGAUUCAUCAUCCAAACUUUGGUCGUUCCUACUCAUAGGUUUAAUUAAGCUGAACAGCGAUAACAGUUAUGAGCUUUCACCAAAUUCAUUUGUCUCAUCACAUUCAUCGCAUCUCAAGAAAAUUCCAUUACACAGAAAUCUUUUACAAAGAGAGAAAUGGAAUAAGAACUUUUAUGAUCCAACAUCAACAACAGCGGCUGAGCAGAUGAUGACAUUUCCUGAUGAAGAGAUUCUCAUCGAUAAUCGAACUGGAAUUGAUGACGAUCAACUUGUGAGAGAAGUUGAAGAAAAGAUUCCUUCACUUCCAAUCGCCUAUUGGACAAAGCACAAAGCCAUUCAAGCACAAUCGAACAAUAAGAAUUCGAAACAAUGUGCCAAAUAUCCGUCGAUAUUCGAUCUUCAAUUUAACAACAUUUACUGGCAGACGCUUCACACAACCAACGGCACAUUUCAACUGUUUGGUGCUUAUUACGAUGUGAGAAAGAAUUCGAGAAUUGGACCUGCGGUAAGAAUCUUAGGGAUGAUUGAUCGUAUAAGCCCGAACGUCAAAACAUUCUGCCAGUUUUGGUUCGACGGUCAAAAAGAACCAUUUAUCGUGAAAACCUUCGAGUAUAAGUACAUGUGGUUCAGUAAAUGGGGGAAUUACGUUAAUGGAAACUUCCAACCUUACUUGAUAGCUUGUCAAAUACCAAAGCCGUUUCAUGCGCUCGUACCAGCUUCAGUGUCAUUAGUUGAAAAACAAUGCGAUACGGCAACAAACAAUUUAAAAGUUAUUUAUAAUCUACCUUCGGAUGAUCGAAAAAAAGGUUUUGCUGUUUGUGUCAAGGGACUUGACUUCCUUUAUGAUGAUCUUUCAGUGAAACUUAUUGAAUGGAUUGAACUUAUAACUCUUCUCGGUGCUGACAAAAUUUACUUUUAUGAACUCCAAGUUCAUCCAAACAUAUCGAAAGUGUUGAAAUAUUAUCAGAAAGAAGGAAAAGUUCAUCUAACGCCUUUGACUUUACCCGGUGGUAUGCCAAAUGUUCCGGGUUUUCAGCAUUUAUUUUUAACAAAGAAAACAAGUCAAAAAAGACAAAAUGAACUGAUACCAUACAAUGAUUGUUUGUAUAAAAACAUGUAUAAAUACGAGUUCAUUGCUUUGCUCGAUAUCGACGAAGUGAUCAUGCCGAAGCAUGAAAGUGAUUGGAGUUGGCACGAUUUAAUGUUAAGGGUUUUGGAGAAGGGAAAAAAAUUGAGAAAUACAACAUAUCCAAGUUAUAAUGUGAGAAACGUUUACUUUUUCGAUGAAAACCAACAUAAACAUGAGUGGGUGCCGAACAUUCCAAAGUACAUGCAUAUGCUUCAACACACAAACAGAGCUGCAAACUAUACAAAGCCAAAUCAAUACAUUAAGUGCUUUCAUAACCCAGAGAGAGUACUUACACUUCACAAUCAUUUCCCACUCGCGUGUUUAGGCGGGCCAUGCAAGUCAUUCUCCAUUGACGUUGCCGAUGCUCAACUUCAACAUUAUCGAGCUGAUUGUGUUAGAACAUUAAAGAAAUCAUGCGAAGAUUUCAAAGAGCAUCGUGUUAAAGACAAUACGAUCAUGAAAUUCAAAGAUCAGCUAAUUACGCGCACAACAAAAACACUUGAAGCUUUAAAAUUUUUCAAGGCAUCAUCAUCAUCAUCUCAACAUUCUCAUAGAGAUGUCGUCGAUUGACAAGCAGAUAAUAAAAAACUCGUUUUUUGAAGAAAUAUUUAUGAUAAUUACAGAAAAAUGUGAUAAAAAAAAUGCUUGCUUAGUUAAACAUGUAUCUAUUGUAAGAUUGGAAAUUUAAAAAUGUAUUCAAUAAUAUUUAUAAACGUGAAUAUUCGUAAUGGAAGAAUAAUCUUGUAUUGGAAAAUCGUCAAAAUUAUUAUCAUUAGUAUUAUUUAAGUCAGUGAUUCUCCAUAUUUGUGUUGUGACGCAAGAGAUAUCACCAAACAUGGUUGUCGCAAUACGAAAAAAGUUGAGAAACAUUGGUUUAAAAUAUUGGCGGCUGAUUUGUAAGUAUUCUUCCUUGACCUUGAAUCUUGAAUAAGAAAUUCAUUGAUAAUUUAAAGAUCUGUCAUUUGCAUAUUUAUAUCUACAUUUUAUUUACUGUAAAUUGGGUUAUAAUGAAGAAGAAUUCUUAAGCGUUUAGCAAAUAUGGUUAAAAGCUACUUAUCUUUGAUGUUAUAUUUGAGUUGUAAAUGCCAAAAGAACGUAUGUGUGAACGUAUUUAGAUAGAAUUAAAUGAAGAAAUAAUAUAUUUCUCUUUUGAGAACAAAAAUUAAGAAACAAAAUUAUGAAUUGAGAACAAAAAUUAUGCUUGUGCCUUUCUAAAAAGAUAUAAAAAGAAAUAAUAAAUUAUUGCACAUGUGUGGCACGUUUUCAAAUAUUUCUCGCAUAUUUUAUUGUCAUGUUACAUCCAAA